AAAAUUGUACUGUGAAAACAACCCAGUACAAAGUUAUUACAAAAUUCAGUUAGUGCCACCUAAAAUUACAAGUUAAAGCAGCUUAAUCAAGAAUCUUCUUUAACCAAAACAAUGUAGUCUGUGAUACUUCCUGAUGUAAUCAGUUUCAACAUUUUUGUUUGUUAAAUUAAUUUAUCUGGUUUUACAGUUAGACUAAUAUAACACACGAUCUUUAAAUGAUGCAGAGUAGGGAUUAAUUCUUAAAACCUGAAUCAAACCUUUGGUCAUGUCACUGCAUUGCAGUAUUGUGUACUAUUAAAAUCAAAUCAAAUUUCAGCCAGGUGGUGAAUGUGAAAAACAAUGUCUUUUAGGAACUCUUAGAGCACAAAACGUACAUUAAUGACCUUCCUUUAGUCGGGCAUUUAUGUUUAAAAACACUUAUUGUUUCACAUAAAAUCAAACUGACCUGACACACAGCAAUUUGUCAAACAAGAUUAAGAUUUUAGAUUUUUUAUAUAUAUUUUCUUGUUUUCUUUUCUGCAUCCACUUGUUUUAUCUUCAAGAACACCUUAAGGUUUUGGACUUAUUGCAAAACAAACUGUCUGAACAUUUGGGCACAAUUUAUUUUUGUAUUUAGUGGUUAAUCUCAGAUGAUACUGGUUGGGGCCAUAUUGAUUUACAGCCCUUCACAAAAUGCACUUUGGACAAAUAUUGUGUUUGACAUGUCAUGUUGAGGGCAGGAAGACCUAACCAAGGGUCAGCAUAACUUUUGUGGGCACUAGUUUCUGAGGAUGUUUUCCAACUAAUUAUAUAUAUUCACACUUUAAUAACUUUGAAAUUACCCCUAUAAUGCUACUGUUCACUUCAUUUGAUACUUUACCCUCAUACUGUUUUGAGUCAAUACAUGUAUGGUCGCAUGUAAGUAUUAAAAUAAUGAAUAAUCAAAAGCCAGCUGAAGAUGCCUCAUGAGACUUCACAUCCCUUUUAGCCUACAGCUCCAAUGAUUUCACUGGCUAAUGUUUGCACUCAUCAGGUCUGAUGAGGAAUGGCCAACAGAAGGGGCGUGGAUAUAAUGAAAGUAAACAUGCUCAGUGUAUUAUAAAAGCUGGUCCACAUUUCAACCUUUCCUUACAGCAUCUAGGGAACUGUGCAGCUCACUUGUUGUUGUGAAGCAAUGGUGAUGAAGUGUACUGCAGUGUGCCUUGUGGCACUGACUUUGCUUGGCAGCCUCUGUGAUGCUCAAUGGGCUGGUAACAAGCCCUCAAAACCUCAAUACCCGAAGCCAUUACCACCAGUGAGGCAGGAGCCCAAACAGCCGCCUCAAGUGCCUCAACAGUCAAAGCAGUCAUUUGAGACACCACUCGUCUGGACAUACCCUCUAGAUCCUGUGCCUGAGCCCCAACCCGAAGUGCCUUUCGAGCUGAGACAUCCAGUUCCUGCUGCAACUGUUGCCGUCGAGUGCAGAGAGAAGAUUGCUCAUGUGGAAGUCAAGAAGGACUUGUUUGGGAUUGGCCAAUUGAUCAAUACUGCUGACCUUACGCUGGGAACCUGUGGUGCUGUCGCAGAGGACGCCAAUGCUCAAGUGCUGAUUUUUGAAGCUGAACUGCAUGCUUGUGAGAGCAGUCUAGUGUUGACAGAAGAUUCCCUCAUCUACACCUUCGUUCUGAACUAUGAUCCCCAACCUCGGGGCGGUGCUCCUGUGGUGAGGACCAGCAAAGCUGCCAUAUAUGUUGAAUGCUACUACCCAAGGAAGCACAAUGUGAGCAGUCUUCCUCUUCUGCCUCUAUGGAUCCCAUUUUCUGCCGUUAAGGUGGCAGAGGAAUUCUUAUACUUCACCCUGAAACUCAUGACUGAUGACUGGCAAUAUGAGAGGCCAAGUUACCAGUACUUACUGGGAGACAUCAUUCAUUUUGAGGCUACUGUCAAGCAGUACUUUCACGUGCCCCUCCGUGUUUAUGUGGACAGAUGUGUAGCUACUCUUUCACCGGACGUGUCCUCCAACCCCAGAUAUGCCUUCAUUGAGAACAAUGGGUGUUUGGUUGAUGCUAUAAUCACAGGCUCUGACUCUAAGUUCAUGCCUCGCACUGCAGAGAACAAGCUUCAGUUCCAAUUGGAGGCCUUCAGGUUCAAGGGUGCUGACAGUGGAUUGCUCUACAUUACCUGCCACUUAAGAGCAACAUCGACUGCCUUUGCCAUCGAUAGUGAACAUAGGGCUUGUUCCUACACCGCUGGGUGGAGGGAGGCCAGUGGAGCUGACGCAGUUUGUGGCUCCUGUGGAUCUGGAACUGGAAGUGGGUCUGGCGGCAAAACCGAUCUGUUGACUCCUGGAAGAAAGAUCCGUGAUUUGUCCCAGACUGAAGUUUUCGAAUGGGAAGGUGAUGUCACCCUGGGUCCAAUCCCCAUUGGAGAGAGGGUGGCCACUUAAAUCAAUUUCCAGCCAUUACUAUGACCAUCAAAAUAAAUACUUCAUUGGUUCAUAA